AUGGCCUUGAAAAAAGACUUCAGUGAUCGUCAGCUUUCACUACCCCCCGAUCUCUUAUCUUCCCAGCGGGUCACUCCCCCUCUCAUCACUGCCGCUACUGAAAGUCACUCCCUCUUCCGCCACUCUUCACUGCCCUACGAAAGUCACUCUCCCUAUCCAAAGCUUACUCCUACCUGCUUAAAGCUAGAGAUCCUGCCUCCGUUCGAGCUUGCUCGUGCUUGGCAAGGCACGUCGAGCCAGCCACCCGGGCAUCAUCAACAUCACUCUAUAUGGGAGAGAGCCCAGCCGGCCACAGUAGACCCUACUUUCACAGAGGCCGUGGCCAACCAGACUGUUGUAGUUGGCCGUGACGGCACGCUCCGGUGCUCCGUAGAGAACCUCGGUAACUUUAAGAUCGCGUGGAUGAAGGCGGACACACAGACGCUCCUGAGCAUCUCCAACACAAUGAUCUCCCGCAACUACCGCAUCCGCGUCUCCCACAGCGACAACAGCACGUGGUUCCUGCACCUGGACGCUGUCAGCCUAGCUGACCGUGGCUACUAUCUCUGUCAGAUCAACACAGUGCCCCCAAUCUCCAGGCAGGGCUACCUCGAAGUUGUCGUGCCACCCAACAUCCUGGAUGAGGAGACCAGCACUGACGUGGAGGUGAACGAAGACUCUCCUGCGCUGCUGCGCUGCGGAGCUGAGGGCUACCCAGCCCCGGAGAUACGCUUCAAGAGAGAGGAUGGUCUGAGCAUUCGUUAUGCUGCCAAGGGAAGAGACGGUGCUGUUGCGUCGAACGAGACGAGGAGCGUGGGCGGGGUGGAGAAGACCGUGGGUGUGCUCUCCUUCAGGACUGUCACCAGGACAGACAUGGGCCACUACCUCUGCAUCGCUAACAAUUCCGUUCCUCCCUCUGUCAGCAAAAGGAUGGUGCUCAACGUUAGAUACCGCGAGCCAGCCGUGUAUGUGAGUCACCAGAUGAUCGGCGUGUACCGUGGUGAUGACGUAGCCAUCAACUGUACCGUGACGGCGUACCCUAGACCAGUAGUCUUCUGGCAGGAUAACCUGGGCAAGAUGAUCAUAUCAGGUGGUCGGUACCAGGUGAUAGAGAACCAGGUGGGUGAGAGUCCGCCCAAGCUGCAGACGACGCUCAUCAUCCGGGGGUUGAGAGUGGAGGACAUAACGACGUACCGCUGUAACGCCUCCAUCGACAACGACAAGAUGAGAGAGAAGAGCCUAGCUGUCCAGCUCAACGAAAUCUCUCGGCCCUCCACGGAGUCUUCCCCAGGACAGGACGAGUACUUUAAAGUGGCCCGACACCCGAAGAACCUGCAGAAGUCGCUGGCGAAGCAGAACCGCAUCAACGACAUCAAUGAGCGCUACGAGAAACCAACUAACUUCGUGCCUGGCAACCUGCAAGAUAUUUUCAUCCAUUCGAAUCUGGGUCGGUCAAAUUACGACAACACCAGCAACUCCCCCUGCAGCCUCCACUUGCACACCAGCCUCAGAUUAAUCUUCAAUGUGAUUGGUGUUUGGGCUUUCCAGUUAGCUGUUUAUGGACGCACAUGAUUGGGCGGUAUUUUGAGUGUUCUUUGAAAAAUUCACUUACAAUGCUCUCUCACGUUAUAUUGAGUUUAAUGAAGAGUGAAGACUGGUGUAGUGACGAGAGUGUUUAAGUAGGUGGUGACGGUGGUAGUGGUGAAGCUAAUAUCAUUGGUGGAAAAGGUGGUGUAAUUGUGGUAACAAGGAGUCGGCGAUUGUGAAGUAGGUAAUGGUGUGUAGUAGUGGAUUUAAUAGUGGUGGUGGUAAGUAUGAUAUAUAGUCAUAAAGCCACCAGCAUUAAUGAUGGAGAGAGUACCAUCACAGUUGUACAGAAGUGGUCAUCAUCCUGUUAGAAGGGGGAUGAGGGGAGAAGAAGGAUUGUGAAAGUGAAAGACCAAUGGCAUCAUAGGGUUAUUCAAAGCUCGAUACUGCACAUUCCUCGAAAGCUCACUCUCAUGCACUCAAACCACGCGCUCACUCACUCAUACAAACACACAUCACUAAUGAAUAUAAGCCUCCCCCAUCCCCAUCACUUUUCUUCCUAUUUCCUUUUUCCAGGCCAUACACCCUUUUCUUUCUUUUCCUCCUAGCCAUCCGUCUAUUGCUGUUCCAUUUCACGUCUUUCCGCUUAUCUCACUACCUAUCCCACACCACUCCAACUUACCACAACUUAACUAUUCCACUUCUCAUACACAAACGGGAAAGUAAUAACCUCCACCCUCAAAAGAUGGGCUCACUCAAACCAUCUCCCACAGGAAUAGAACCACCUCCAUACCAUAACACCCACACAAUACCCACACAACACCCCCACAACACCCCCACACCCACACUCCUCCACAACAGCAACGCACACCACAACACCCCACAACACCCCCACAACACCCCCACAAC